CGGUGUUGUCUGGAAAAACAGGUAGUACUGAUAAACUGCUGAAGAAAUUUACUUAAUCAAUACUACAUAUAUUAACUUGGAAAAUGUAACGUGUUUCAUUGGAGAUCUUAAGCAAAAGAGGUGUAUCUGAAUAUUUAUCACACUGUGCACCACCCACAGACAUAAUCUCAACCUAAACAGUCAUAUAAUCAUUUAUUCAUGGGCUUGUAGACACAUCACAUUUCAUUUAUUUUUUGAAAUACCAGCACUAUAUGCAGAUUUGGUUAGUUUACUGUAAAAAAAACACCAACAUAUGAAACCAACAUCCAGCAUAUAUGUAAUGCUUAAAUCUCCAAUGCAUUGGUGUGUUUUUAUCCUGAAUAAUUUAAACAAUGAUAUCAAGAGAAUAAUAGGAAAAUGUGUCUCCAUUGUGGUAUAUAAAGACAAGUAUAUAACCCUUUGUCAUUAUAUAUAGAUAAUGACAGAGAUCUUUCAAGGAAAUCAUUGUACAGAUCUAUAAAGGUCCAUGAGAGAAUACAAUCAUAAUAACACAUUUAGACCAACCCAACAUAAAAAUAUGUCAAAGAACAAUAGAGACGCAAUUAGAAUUAAGAAGAUUAACACCCAGUUUGUACCUCACUUUUGCUAGAUACAGAACCUUCUACCCAAUCAUUGCUUUCAAUACUUAGUUCCUUGCUUUGUUUAUAGGAACUUUUGACCACGGAAUACCUAAAUAUAGAGAAGAACUGUGGUCUAUUUCAUAUGAACAUUAACAGAUAUACAGCUCCCUGGGCACUCGCAUGGCAGUGGCUGACCAUGUUGAAGAAGUUUAUUAGCAUUUGACAAGAUGUCGGAAUUGUGUCAUGGCUCCAAACAUAGGUCUACAAAUGCUACUAAAAUAAGCAGGCUGACUACCCCCACCCCCCCCAAAAAAAAUCACUAGAGAACUGCUAAUGGUUUAAAGAACAAUGACCUCCUGUUUAAUUGCACUUACUAUGGAAACAAAUUGAAAAUCGCACAACUGUAAUAAAAAAUAAAAAGUUUUCUACAGAACAGGAAUCAAUUUGACUACAAUAUGCAAAAUAAAGCAGCCUAUUGUCGCUAGCUGGCAGAUAUAAUGAACUGAACAACUACGCAAGUGGUGGCUUUCACACACACACACACACACACACACACAGCUGCCUGAAAUACCGUUUUAUAGACAUAAACUCUUUGGCAUUGGAGUAUAUUUAAACUGUGUGAAGGCAUUCAUGUAUCGUAACAUCUCCAAAGUCGUCAGAUCAUAAUAAAUUACGUCACUAUGCGGACAACCUCUCGCAGUAUAUUAACAAAGACGCGAGGAAAGAGUAGCUAUUAAAGACGUUGCAUUGUCCAAGACGACAAGAGAUGCAUUUUAUCGUCUCCUGGAGAACAGAGCACUCUACGUGUUACCAAAAUGCAAGUUUCAAUAUCCCACAUGCGUAUCAAAAAAUGAUCUAAAAAGCAAUGUAAGCGAUUUACCAAUAAAAUCCUAAUAUGCCCAGUUACUCUUUGUUUACUCGCUAUUUUAAGUGAGCGGACUUUACGAGUUCGCAUCCAAGAGGGACAGUGGCUCAUUACAUUCGGGGAGGGGUUAAACACGUUUGAUAUAUUAUUACCAAUGUAACUAUUAACAUGCGAGCAGACACGACAGGAUGAUGUAAUGGUGUGAUCGGAAGACCGCGCGUGUUCACCUAUCACUCCGUCUCGCACGCUUUCUUCGCCAUGUGCGUGCAUUGCUCCUCGGCCAUCAAGCUACCCCGCCUAACGACGAGGUUCGCGAUGCAUGGCGUAUUAAAAGCCCACGACAAUAAAACGAUAGGUGCACACCCCUAUCGGACGAGCAGCAGGACCGCUGUGGCUCGAUAAUGUGCAUAACGCACUGAAUCCGCUGGCGGCGAUGUGUUCUUUCUUAUUUUUAUUUUGGCAAUUUGCAUUUGGAAGACUGCGGGUUUCAACAAUAAAGCCACCGUUUGGCAAAACCGGAUUUAUGAUAAUAAGGCAUGAGAAGAGUGAUAAACACCACCGCUUGAGUUAAAGCCGUUGUGUAAUAACUCGUUCUGUAGAAAUUAUCCUCAACUCUACUGCGGAUGAAUCACUGUGCAGCACGUUGGCGUGAAGUUAAUUAACCGGUGCUUCUAUGGACGAUGCACGGCAUACACUCUUUUUACACCCCUUUCUUAUAGAUGCGAGUGGACUGCUGGGAGAAAAUACACCGCAGUGGGCGCAUACAGUCAUGCGGCGGUGCUCUUGAGGGGGGCGACGGAGCAGCGAAAGCUCAUUCCGAUCAAUUUGGCUGCAUGGGCACCACGCUCCACCUGACAGCCGCAGAGUAAAAGCGGCGGACCAGACGCUAGCCUUUCCAUCCUCGCCGUUAAACACAGCGCGUUCCGUUUGGCAGUAUACAUACAAAAAUAUACAUUUUUCUUCUGAUUUUGAUUACACCCGAACCAGCUGCUGGCCACCGAUUGUCUCUUUUGUUUUCCAAACCGAAUCGUCGAGAUGAAAUUUCCAACAGAGAACCCAAGAAAGCCUGGGAACUUGAAUCCUGCGCCAGUUCCAGUUCAGACCAAUGUGACUCCGAAAAAGGUGAAGUCGGGAAUGCUGCAGUCCAGUUUGGUGCAGGCCAGCGUGGCAACCAUGCAGAACCCCAUGGGAUGUGAGGUGAAGCCACACAGGCACUGCUCACUUCCCCGGCUGUCCGUGUCGUCGCGAAGCGGCAUGGCUGUGGUGGCCAGCAUGGACAGCGACGGCUCCACGCUCCACACCGUCAUGAAGUGGAAGACGGUGCUCGCCGUCUUCGUGGUGGUGGUGGUCUACCUGGUCGUCGGCGGCCUCGUGUUCCGGGCCCUGGAGCAGCCGUUCGAGAGCAACCAGAAGGACACGAUCACGCAGGAGAAGUCCGUGUUCCUGCAGAAGCACCCCUGUGUGACGCCUGACGAACUGGAGGCUCUCAUCCAGCAUUCCAUAGACGCGGCCAGUGCCGGAGUGAGUCCCAUCGGAGACACCUACACCUCCAGCCACUGGGACCUGGGCAGUGCCUUCUUUUUUGCAGGAACAGUGAUCACCACCAUAGGCUAUGGAAAUAUCGCGCCCAGCACAGAGGGAGGGAAGAUUUUUUGCAUCCUGUACGCCAUAUUUGGAAUUCCCCUUUUUGGCUUUCUCUUGGCCGGCGUUGGUGAUCAGCUUGGCACCAUAUUCGUUAAGAGCAUCGCAAAGGUGGAGAAGAUGUUCCGGCGGAAACACAAGCAGAUCAGUCAGACCAAGAUCAGAGUCAUCUCCACCAUCCUCUUCAUUUUGGCUGGCUGCAUCGUCUUCGUCACCAUCCCUGCCGUCAUUUUCAUGCACAUCGAGGACUGGACGGCGCUGGAGGCCAUAUACUUUGUGGUCAUCACCCUGACGACCGUCGGCAUUGGCGACUAUGUGGCAGGUGGGGAUCGGAGAAUAGAAUACCGGAAGUGGUAUAAGCCACUGGUCUGGUUUUGGAUCCUGGUGGGCCUGGCCUAUUUCGCCGCCGUCUUGAGCAUGAUAGGAGACUGGUUGAGGGUUCUCUCCAAGAAGACCAAGGAGGAGGUGGGCGAGAUCAAGGCCCACGCAGUGGAGUGGAAGGCCAACGUGCGCGCGGAGUUCCGGGAGACGCGGCGGCGCCUCAGCGUGGAGGUGCACGACAAGCUUCAGCGUGCCGCCACCAUCCGUAGCAUGGAGCGCCGGCAGCUGGGGCUGGACCAGCGGGCGCAGUCGCUCGAUGUUCUGUCUGCAGAGAAGCGGGCCGUCUUCAACAGCCUGGAUGCCGACCGCUCCAAGACCACUUCGCAGGAGAGCAUCGACUCGAAGCUGAACAACCUGCGCGCGCGGGCCGAGCAGUACGAGAAGGGCGAGCAGGCCACCUCCGAUGACAACAUCUUCAACCGCCUGGGCUCCGUCACCCGGCUGGCGAAACGCAACAAGAGCAAGGAGCUAAAGAAGAACAUCCCGGAGGACAUCCGCAAGAUGUACGACACCUUCGGCUGCAGCCUGGCCUCCGGCGAGGAGAAGAAGGAGGAUGAGGAGCUCGGAGAGAAGGAGUUCAACACCAGCUUGACGGAUCUUCCCCAAUAUGCAGAGGCCUGCUCGCUGCAGAAUGGGUUCCCGCUGAACAAGGAGAAGGGCGAUGAGGGAAAAGCGGAAGAAAAGGAACUAAAGAUAAAGACUAUGCCUUAGAGGAGGUGGCUGACUGGAUGGAAGAUGUCUUAGCAUCUGCUCACGUGCCUUAACUCCUCCCUGUUCGAAAGGCAGCGACCUGGAGCUGCGUCCUGCUCCACACUACUAACUGUUCACUGUGUCCAAAUGGUGGAUUAAUUUGCCAAAAAAAGGAGCGAAUCAGUCACGUCAGGAGGAAUGACUAUGACAUAAUACCUGACUAUGUUUUGUUACUUGAGAACGAUCAAAACAGUGAUUUUUAUUUAAGACAACAUAGAAGAUUGCAACGGAUGGGCUUUCCGGAAGCCUGAACAGUAACACGUAGUAGCAAAUUUAUUUGGCGCUAUCGACGGGCCUGUGACCUACACUCGUGUUUUAUAAUUAAACUCUCGACAUCCGAGAUGAUAUACCGAUCCCUGUUGCGUCAUUCUGCGUCAAGUAUGUUCAGAACAGAGAGCGUGACCGCAGAGGGAAGGCGAACGGGGACGAUGAGGAGAGGGGGAUGCACAUCAGGAACCAAAAUACAUGUAUUCAUAGAGUCAUGCAAGUGAUUGUCAUGCCUAAGGACUCUAAACCUGAACUUGGGAAUGAAAACAACAGGCACUCUGCUAUUGCAUGGUCUUGGAACUACCCUGCCGUCCUGUGGAGCACAGUGUAUUCAAAAGCUUCAAGUUCACGGUCUCAAAACAAAAUCUCAGGGCUUGUCGUCCUACUGUCGUCGUUCGAAUAUCUUUGUCCCAGUUGCGCUGCAUUCACACUUCAGAUUGGGGCACCGUCUCGGCCCGGCCUUGGCGAGGUAAGGGCGUUCACGAGGGAACAGAUGACGAACCCCAGGUUGAAACCCGGGACUUUGUGGGUUUGGGUGUCAGUGGGAGGCGGCUUGGUGUACACGAGCGUGCCCGUGCGGCAGCAUAUGUAAAUGUGUCUGUGUAUGAGCACUAGAGCGUGUGCAUACAGUAUUUACCCCGUCAGGCCCUGUCAGCUGCGCAGUGUUCAGACGCCGAUUCUCAGAGGAAGGCGAGUCUGUGUCGUUUGACUUUUUUGUAUGAUUGGCAAAGCGGUUUGGCAGUAAUUUAUGAAAGCGAAUCACAUUCUUAGUACAUACCAAAUGAUUUGAUGGCCUACUUAACAACUGAUUGUACUCCUAGUUGGCGUAAACAGCAUGAUUAGCUCUGGAACCCUUACAAAAAAAGCCACAAUACGCAGAAUGAGGAUGUACUGUCAACACACAGUAUAGACUGGCUGCCUGUUUCUUUUCUACCCACACAGUCCACAGUCAGCGAAUCAGAAUUUAAUUCAUUUUUAUUACUGGAUCAAAGAGCAAGAGAUCAGAACAAAGGGUGCAAACGAGCAUAUAUAAUCCCAAAAAGCACUCUACUCUUUCUUAUUAGAAAAAGACAUUACAUCUUUUAAAAUCUGAAAGCAAGAUACCAACUCAAGUGUAUAUAUGAUAUAAAACUGAAUCAGAAAGUGAGUCACAUCUUAACCCGCAGUACUGGUCAGGGCUGUAGGAAAGGGAGAUGAUCAUGAGAUCAAUAUUCAAUUUCAUCAAUUUAUUUUUGGCUUAAAAUUGCUAUCUGGCAUGACAGGAGUAGAUGCCAAGAAGCAUUUCCUCUUAACUGUUCCCAACCGUGAAAUAAACUACAAAGUAAUUAACACUUUCCAAGUUACUAACAAACAAGCUCUUCUGGGCUUUUGUAAAAUGGCAGUAUUUAUUCCAGCCAUUCUGGGUGUGGAAUCUUAGUAUAACUACAUGCAGGUGCAGUAGUCAUACACUCAGUGUUCCCAUCACGAAAGUGUUACAUUUUUUUGUAGGUGAAAUUAAAAAAUAUUUACAUCUAAGACCCGUGUUCCCCAUCAUCGUGAAAUCCUGUGAGUCCUUAAAACGCUCAUGAUUAGGAGUCUACUAAUUUAUACAUCUUGCAGCUGUGUACUGUAAGAAAUAAAAAAUCACACAGCAAAUAAAGUUCCAGUUUGAUGUAUUUUCAAGUUCAGUUUUCAGCAAUUAAAAAUAGCAUCACUGUAAUCACAGUGAAUUAGCUGAAAUGUCUGCAGUUAUGAACAAUCAUUUAAAAUAUAUAGUUUGUUGUUAAAGACCUGUUCUUGAGAAACGCAAAAUGGGUUGGGCCGUGCCGCAGUUGGGUGCACUGGGAACUGGGAGCAGAAAGGCUAGAUACGCACAAUACGCAUCCCCUGUCGAAAAUUCCAGGCUACUCCACUGCUCAAGUGGUAGGAAUUGGAGGCUGUGGAUUCACUGACACUUACCAUGUAAAAACUUUUGUUACAAGACAUUGCCUAUUACGUGGACAGUGCUUUAAAUAAAAGGCAGGUUUUUGGCUAACUGUACUUUGGAAAUUGCCAAAAUGACUGGGAAUACAGCUCCAUUUUCUAAAGCAUUUUUAAGCCAUGGAAUGUCUCCCUUGCGUGGUCACACCCUUGCUUCCAGUGAGGUGAAGCACAGUGUUGAUGUUAAUCCAAAUUUAAUGUGCCCCUGUGUGUACUAUCCAAGCUGUGCAUUGUCCUACACGAGUCCUUCUUAAGAACUUUGACUUAAGUAUUCUGGCACCAGCUGUGAGUCUGUACGUAAUGAGGGACAUCAGUUACACCAGUUGAGCGUUUCUGUACUUCCCAGGUGUGAAAAUGGCCCUUCUUGGCCCAGUCAGGCUAAGGUCCCCCAGCCUGUCCAGAGUUUUGCCCGAGGCAUUGGCCACUCAGUGUGAAUGCAGCAGCUGAUUCUCAAUAAAUGUUUGUUCUGAAAACAAUAAUAAUAUAAAUUAUUAUUAUUAUUAUUACAUUAAUAAUAACAAAAAAAUAUUAAAAUGAUUGAAAACAAAAAUGACAAAAAAAGACAUGGAAUAUAAAAGCAUGCAAUUGUACAAGUACAUUAUCUUGGUAUGGUAUUGAUUGUACCCGCACAUGCUUACUCCCGCUGUUAUUGGAUUUCCAUGUUAAGCGCUAAAGUGAGCCUGACCGCUCGAGUCUGGACUUCGUACACAAUAGAACUUGUGUGACCAUUACAUUUACUGUAGUGAGUGCCUUUUGCAAAUAAAUAUCACCAUUGAUUUCAGUGA